AAUCGCGACCGCGAGGAUUGAUAUCAAACAACAACUUCGACAACUCAAAACACCACCGGCGAAAGAUGUCUUCCCUGAGCGCCAAGAUCGGUCCAUCGAUCCUGAACGCGGAUCUGUCCCAGCUGCACGGGGAGUCGCAGCGCCUGCUGGACAACGGGGCCGACUAUCUGCACCUGGACGUGAUGGACGGUACCUUCGUUCCGAACCUCACCUUUGGCCACCCGGUUGUGAAGUGCCUGCGGAACAAGAUUAAGGAUGCCUUUUUCGAGACGCACAUGAUGGUGCAGGCCCCGCAGCAGUGGAUAGAACCGAUGGCGGACGCCGGAGUCAACCAGUACACGUUCCACAUCGAACCCGUCAUGGACAGUGUGGUGGACAUCUGCCGGAAGGUACAGGAAGCGGGAAUGAAGGUUGGCCUGGCCAUCAAACCGGGCACUCCGGUGGAGGCGGUCAAGGAGUUUAUCGCGAUUGCCGACAUGGUGCUCAUCAUGACCGUGGAGCCGGGCUUUGGCGGGCAGAAGUUCAUGGCGGAUAUGAUGCCGAAGGUACAGUGGCUGCGCGAGAACUAUCCCAACUUGGACAUUGAAGUGGACGGAGGCGUGGGAUUGGCCACGAUCGAUGCGUGCGCGAAGGCUGGGGCAAACAUGAUUGUGGCUGGGACGGCGAUCAUUCGGGCGGACGACCAGGCGGCGGUGAUUCGACAGCUGAAGCACUCCGUCGAGGGGGCUAUCAAGCAUUGAGUGGUUUGAUUUGUUGUGUUUUCUGAUGGAAUUCCUUAUUAUUGAAUAAAAACGGAUUUUUAAUAAAAUUGUUUUUUGAACACAUU